AUGGCCGGCAACCGAAAAGCCCGCGCAAAGGCCGUUGGGCUUAUGUGGCGACUGUUUCUUGACAAUAUCGGUCUACCGUUCAACUUUCUCUUGGUCGUGCCCGAAGUGACCCCUCAAGACGACGGCUGGAGCUGCGGAUAUAUCACCAUUGUCAAUGCCCUGCUCAUGAUCAGAGGUUGUGUCGGGCAAUCCCUUCGGGAUAUGACCGAGACCUGCCGGCUUGACGAGAUCCCCGUGGACGGUUGUACUGUAAACCGCCCUCAUGACUAUUUUUCGCUCGAGAAGUCGGAUAUACUCUACCUCGAUUGGUGUGGCAUCGCGGAAACAAGGUCCAAGGCGGUCAACUUCAUGUUGAGUGCUCUAAAGCAUAUGGCAGCGAACGAGUUGGGGUUCAUACGAGGAAUGCUGCGAGUAGACGACGGACCCGGAACGCCCGCAGUCGAUUUGAGGCCGUAUUCUUCCCGGGCAAAGAUCCCUGCGCUGCAGCCGGGUUUGUCCGCCAUUGGCGGGCCUAUACCUUUCAAAAUCGAGCUGAGCGUACGGGAAUAUGCAGAACGAAUCUUUGACAAUCCACCGUCCACGGAAUGUUGGCCGACCGCGGCCCAGAUGCCCCUUCUUGGGGAACUCGCACGACCGCUUCCGCGAGAUCUCCCGGCAAGACGAUUCGAAAUAACAGCGCUGCCUCGCCAUGUGGAAUCUGGCUAUCCGGGUCCAUCGUCUCCGUUCGAGCCUCCAUCUGUUGUUUCUUUGGGGAAGACAAAGCGUAUGUCCGAGUCGCUGCACGAAAUUGACUCGAGGACUGAGGUGAAUGACCGGAUUUUCCGCAAGCUGAAGCAGUGCUACAGCAUACCUGCGGAUGAUCCGAAGUCUCUGUGGCACCGGAAGAUGGAAGCUCUAAAGAAGAUGCUCCCUGAGAACAAGGAUAUACCUUUCGCUUGUAUCGGAUACAACAACGAGCGCCAGCGGGAUCUCACGGACAGGCUGCGUGAUGUUGUCGCCCCUGGUUCGCGUGUUCAGGUGGGAGACCCGCGUUCGCAUGAGAGGCUCCCGCGACCUGUGGCAGUGGAGGACGUUAUCAGCGCUAUAGAGGGAAAGACCUCACCACCACUUCCCGACUUUUUGCAAUGUCGUCGCUUUGAGGUUAUACAAUUACUCGGCUCACGACUCCGCACCGAGUUUGCGGGGGCCGGCAAGCCACGGACAACGAUCACCAUUCAGGGAAGAGCGUUGGAUUUGAGUUCCUCGUUGGCAUCUACUCUGUUUGUGCAGGAUGGGGCCUUCACGGGUAUGCACCGAGAUGUGCUUCCGAGCUGGAUCCUGAAUUACGGCUCUGAAGCCGUCGGCUCUAAAGUCGUCUUUUUUCCGGCCCCCGGCGCCAACAUGCUUGAGUUCGAAGAGCAAGGCGAGGAUUGGGCUCCAGAGGUUCGAGUUGUCAUCCUUGAAGCAGGAGACUAUCUGAUCAUGCCAACGCCGGUUCCUCACGCGGUGCUUACUAUGGGAGAUACGUGGAUGUGUUCAGGAAUGUUUAUUGACCUCUAUAACAUACUUUCCUGGCUGGAUUCGCUCAUCUAUACCGCCAAAAAUGGCAACACCACCAACGAGCCCAUUCCACUCGAGCUCAUCAGCGGCUGGCAUCACCUUGAGGCAUUGUUUAUGGAGCACAUUCGGCGAUCCAGACCAGAAGAGGAAAGCGACCAAAUUGCCGCUUUCAUGGAACGAGAGCAGGUCCUGCGAGGACUCCUCAGCUGCUCAUGCAAAGGGAAAUGCGCGGAUAGGUAUGUCUGCAGCGAUGCGUUGCCAAAAUGGUCUGCCGUACGUGCCUCAAGUCACGGCGCCGCUGUCAUGGCUCUUCACUGCAAGAUAGCAACUGAUACGGCAUCCUGGAGCACGUCCGCCACUUACCUGGUGGUCUCUCAGGGGAAUGCUAGGCGGCAUUUGUGGCAGGUUAGCGAUGGAGACUAA